AUGUCGUUCUUCGGGUACCGGAGCUCCUCGAGUCGAUCUUCUGUGCAGGAGACGCACUUGAGUGAGCUUGAGCGAUUACGAGGACGUCAGCUGGCGAGUCUUGUACGUGCUGGAGGUCGAGCCAAAAACCAACAACAAACGAUCUUUGAGGUCCCAGUAGCCGAUACACCACGUGGCUCAUUAUCCUUGAAGCUACAAUUGCCAUCGGAAUUUCCAGUUAAAGUUCCACAGCUUCAGGCGUCUAUCCCGGUGCAACAUCGAUGGCUCGAUACUGCAGGCAAUGUACAAGGUCAUCCGGAUCUUAACCAGUGGACGGCACACUCGGAUCUUGGACGGAUUGUGACAGAAAUUGUUACGGAAUUGCGAGCAGUUGUUGCAAGCAGUGCUUUCGCAAAUAAGCCAUCGAUGUCUUUGGCCAGAGAUAUCUCGCCUGCAUCUGUAGCAUCAUUGUCACAGUAUCCUGGAGCCAGCGCCAGCUAUACACCAUUGAGCCGACCGUCUUUACAAGUUCAGAUUCAACAGCCAAAGCAACAAUCUCCUCCGGAUACUAGUAAGGCACAACGAUCACAGAUGCCAGAGAUUCCUACGAUCGUUCCAGAAUUGGAAGAGCUCUCACUUUUAGAGCUCGAGAAACUAAACUCGGACAAACAUGCACUCAAGCGGUUUGUCAAGGAAUUACCUUCGGUAAAGGGGUUUACCCAACUAAGAAACGAAGUGUUGCAUAGCAACAUGGAGAUCGCAAAAACGACAUUGGGCUACGAGAGUGAGCAGCGUGAACUGCAGACAGUGAUCGAGGCUCAACGGACCAAGCUACGUGAUGCACAACAGAUGCUGGCGGAUAAACAAGCGCGUCAGCAGCGUAUCGUCACACGUCAUCGACCCGAUGCACUACUGGAACAGCUUUCAGUAGCAAUAAAAGAUGUGGAAAACGAGACGGACGAAGUUGCGACGCAGUUUAUUCAUGGUGAUAUCAACGUUGUGCAGUUUCUCUCGACGUAUGUACCUCGACGGAACUUGUACCACGAACGUACACUCAAGUGGACAAGAACAACAAAAUUUCCAUCUGCAUGUAAAAUGACGUGGUCGUGGCCCGUGUAUACGCCCGUGACGUGGCGUUCCAUUGAGUCGCAUCCGAAAUACCAGUUGUACCGUGUGGAUAUGCAAGUCCCCCGUGGGGCGUUCACCGGUAUACCGGUUUUAUUCGUUCCUGGUCAUAUGGGCAGUUACAAACAAGCCCGUUCUUUGUCCCGUCAUUUAUGGGACAUGAAUAAUGAACUCUUUGACGUUUUUGCUUUGGAUUUUCAUCAAGAAGCUACUGGACUCAAUGGAAAUUAUAUCACUGAUCAAGCUUUUUUCCUGAAUCAUGUGAUACGUGGGAUCCUUCGAGAAUACAAACGACAAAUACAAGACGCCUCUCACUCUCACGUCGUGAUUCCUAAAAGUGUCAUUAUUGUGGCUCAUUCCAUGGGUGGAAUUGUCGCACGGAUGGCGGAAUUCUUGCCAAAUUACAAGAAAUAUUCCAUUCAACAUGUCGUGGCAUUGGGGGUGCCUUAUGAUAUUCCCUCGUUCCCAUUUGAUCCAGAAAUGAGAGCCGUGUAUGACAGGAUGCAGUCAAAAAGAGACAUAGAGAAUGAUGUUGUGUAUGUGUCGAUUGCAGGUGGACAUAAAGAUACAUUGGUGCAGACGUCGUCGACUAGUGUAGACACUGUGACGAAACCUUCACGUGCCUUUGCAGUACUGGCGUCAGCAAUUCCAGCAGUCAAGACACCAGUGGAUCAUUUCUGCUUGUUGUGGUGUCAUCAAUUACUUAAGGUUGUUGCACAGAGUUUGUACAAGGUUGUGGAUCUCGAGACGAGGGAGCUCCUGAGUAGUCCAAGUGUACGACUUGCAAUUGCAAAAGAGGUGCUGUUUGGUGGAGAAAUUGCUGAAGAGGGUGUGGACAGUAAGACCAUUGCAAACGUCUCGUUGCAUCAAAGUUACGUGCAGGAUGGCUACUACCCCGGCGAGUACAUCGGAUAUGCGCUGUUGCUCCCAUACUCCCUGACCAAGCUGCUACGCACUAGAUUCGUGACGGUUAUCGUGAUCAUGUACGCUUUGACGCUGCAAAUUUUCUACGCACAACUUGCACACUGGCAGACCCGGUUCAAUUUGCAGUCGACAUCAUCUCCUCAAGAUCUCAGCCAAGAUAACUUCCCAUCGUUUACGUCGAUGCUUCACCCUGCAGCACAUGCUCCUGCCUACCUCAAGUCUGCUUUGGCAUUUUUCUCGAAUAGUAGAUUCACCAUCGUUUCGAGCAAGACGACGACAGCCAUUGCUGUACUCACUCUCGCUAUGACGGCUGGGGCAGGUUACUUUGGCUAUGGCAAGUUGUUAUCUGGCGAACAGUCAAUGGAAAAAGUGAUUGUUCUUGCAACAAUGGUUGCCGAGUUUAUGAUCCUCUACGCCUAUGCACUAGGCUUGUUGUACGCGGUCGUGAAGUUCUUUUCGCUACUUCAGCGCUUUGUUGUCUCACCAGUUGUGUCCACGCUGAAUAAUGUGACUGAUCGACUCAAGCUUCGUAGCUGGAUGCUUAUUAUUGCGAUCCACGGGACUACGCAGCUUCUUGGACAAAUUGCGAGCUCAUCGUCUGUGAACUUUUCCAGAAUAUUGGGGCUGCUGGUAAUCGUAUCAUUCGUGAUUUUUGUUUUGUAUAUGCUGGCACUAGGUGGAAAUACUGACGGAACCUUGGACCAGCAACGUAUGAAACGCUCGCUGUUUGCCAUCUUAUUACUGUCCAUUUUUCCAUGGGUUGGAAAAGUUUGGUAUUUCAUUGGAAUUGUGCGCUUGCCGCCGUCAGAUCUCCCAAAUGAUCUACUGAUGGAAGGUGGAUCCUACAUCCUCAUUUUGAGUGUGUCUACGUACCUCGUCAGUCUGUCGCUUGAAUGCAUGAUUCCACUGCCUCCGACAGCAUUUUUCGGGGCUUCAUUAGGACAAGAUGCUGCAUCUGUGUACGGAAAGUCCUCGAGCAAUUCAGCCAGCAACAUCAAGAUCACGGCUGAAAACUGCCCGAAAUGUAUAUUCGAGGAUGGUGGUCCCGGGGCUGUUCUUGUAGAGUAUAAUGACCGGACUACGCGCCGUGUAGUGGCGGGCAACACUGGUGAAGUGGUAUACGUGGGCUUAACAUUCCGUGUGGUUUCGUGUGAUUGCGUGUACCGAUUCAAGAACUCGCGAGAUUUCUGUGACUUCUGUAUCCGAUCGUGCCGAUUGUGCGGAGGUGGAAAUGGAAACUUCCAGGAGGCUGCCAAGUACAAAGACUUUCUGAAAGCGAGCAAGGUAGACUUGGCAAUGCAUGCCCUUGUGCCAAUGACUUUCCAGAUUUGUGCCGCUGUUCAGGCCACCUACGGCUUGUACCGAGCUCAUUUGUCAUUCUAUCUCACGCCUCCAUGCGUUCUGGCACUAGUGAUCUAUCACAUCGUGCUUCGUCACCCAGUCGAGGCUCGACGCAUCAAGAACAAACAGCGCAAGAAAUCGACAAAGAAGAAAAAAUCUUCAAGUAAGUCCAAGAGCAAGCCGGUCACGACAAGCUGCGACGCAUCGACGACCGCGACUACGACAAUCAACGAGACCACCUCUCGCAACAAAAAGAAAAAGAAACGCAAAUUGGGAACAUCAUCUACUUUCGCUGCACAGCAGUGA